GAAAAAUCAAAAAAGUAAAAUGAACACGAGCCACCAAAUAUUUUUUAGACGUGGAAAUCCCAGAAGUUGAGAAUAAUAAUUUUGUUGUGUUUAUUUUGGCACUUUGAAUAUACAAUACACACUGAGCCGAUAGAGAAGCGAGCUCUUCAAUGGAGACUGCCAUCUGCGGUCGACUUGCUCUUUCCCCUACUCGAGUAAUCCACCCCAAGCCCGGAGAUAAGUAUGCUCUUCAAAAGCAGUGGACAAGCAGGAGCAAUGUUAGGACAGUGCCAAUUGCUGGAGUUGGGAAGGGUGGCGGCGUGUUGGAUAAACCUGUUAUAGAGAAGACCACACCUGGUCGUGAAUCAGAAUUUGACUUGAAGAAAUCGAAGAAAAUGUCGCCUCCUUAUCGUGUGCUGCUGCACAAUGAUAAUUACAAUAAGAGGGAGUACGUUGUCCAAGUGCUGAUGAAGGUCAUUCCUGGUAUGACGCUUGACAACGCAGUAAAUAUCAUGCAAGAGGCGCACUACAACGGGAUGGCGGUGGUGAUUAUUUGUGGUCAAGCAGAUGCAGAAGAUCACUGCAUGCAGCUAAGAGGCAAUGGGCUUUUGAGCUCAAUUGAACCAGCCAGUGGAGGAGGUUGUUGAACAAAAUAGUUUUAUGGAAUUUGAGCUUAUAAAUCAGUCGACAUGCAGUAAUAUGCCCCUAGAUUUUGAGUAUUGUACAUAGAUACCCAAAGCAAACCCAUCAGCACUAUUGAUAUUAUGGGCUGUAAACUAAAGUUGAGGACUUGAGGAAUGUCAAUAAACAUGAACAUUGACGUCUCUGCAUACAAGUAGUUUAGCAUUCACCUUCUCCAACAGUCAAAAUGCAAGAAAGAGGGCAACUCUAAAAUGCAAGAAAGAGGGCAACU